UACAGAAUAGCACCCCUGUAGGCCUAUUCUGUAACUCGUUAAAAAGAUAGCGACAACUAUCGUUAAGUUACCGUUAUCGAAAUUCGUCGCUUGCGCUAGCGACGGCCUAGUGAAAUUGGUAUUCUGUAACUGAAGGAAGCGAGGCUAGUCGUUACAUGACAUUGUUAACGAUGUCGAUAGCGACGUCAAUGCGUUCUUAAAAACAUCAUGAAAAUUUUGCUUGUUGACCAAUGAAACGUCGCGUAUUCCACUGUGUCUGGGAAAAUACACACAUGGCACUCUUAACCAUAACCUUAUUUCGGUGUAUAUUUUUGUAAAGCAGGGUCUAUGACAAAGGACUAGAAUACGAACGAAAAGGAAAAUAACGGAAGAAUCCAAAACGAAGAAUUAGAGAAGAUAGAGUGUCUAUGAAGUUAUUAAGAAAACAAGAAGAAUAAUAGAAGAAAUAAGAGGGAGGCAGGGUAUCAACCUUGCAAAGAUAAGAGCUAUACGUGUCAUAUAUCUGCAUAAGAUUAAACACAUUAAACCUCCAAAAAAAAAAAAAAAAUAUUCUUGUAAAGUGGAAACUGUGCAAUUACACGAAGUUUUUCUUAAACUUGUUCUUAGGUUUACGAGAAAAUGUCACAACCAUCAGCAAAAAAAGCGAGACAAGGGCGAGCAACAAAAGAACAAUUGGAGGCAAUGGUGGAUUAUUUUGUUAUUAAUCCUCAUGUUGCAACCGGCAAAUUUAUAUCGUUGCAAGGGCAAGCUGAUCUUCAAGGAAGUUGGGAGGAACUGGCCAGCCAACUAAAUGCAAUGUCCAAAAGUGGCAAGGAGAAAGAUGUUGCUUCUUGGAAAACUACAUGGAGGGACAGCAAAACGAAAGUUUCAGAAAAGAUCUCGAAACUUCGCGCCGCUCGUGCACAAACAGGCAAUAGGCCAGUUGAAAAUCAUCUCACGGAGAUGGACAAAAAAAUUCUGGGGAUUAUUGGCUACGAUUUUGUUGAGGGAGUUAAUAAUUCCAUCGAUAGCUUUCCUGAAGAACAGGAGUUUGCUAAUGAGGUACUGGCAGCAGGAAACUCAGAGAUUCUUGAUAGGGCACCUAUUGUCAUCUCGUGUCGUGCCGAAAAUGAAAAUGCAAUAAUUUUCAACGAAGACAAUCCCACGACUUCUGAAGAAUUGGUUUAUGAUGCCGGAGGUAAUGACGAUGUCUACAAUAAUGCACCGGAGGAAAUAGAAAAUACACCACCUGUUCCUACUCCUAUAAAAAAAAUUGCAAGAAGAAAAAGAAUUAGUACCGAGAGAAUUGGCGUUCAAUUCUCAGAAGCCAGAGAAGUAUUUCAGGCGAUCGAGGCGCAAAAUGCUAAUACGAUGAAUGUUUUAGCCCAAAGUACGCAAUUGCAGGCGGAAGCAGCAUCUAAGCUUGCAGAUGCUGCUUUAAUGAUGGCAGAAAACGAUAAGAGGAGGAAUGACAUUUUUGAAAGGAUGGUCGAAUAUGAUCGCGUACGAAAUGUCUUGCUCGAUAGUCUCACUAGAAUUCUAGAAACUUCGCUUUCAAGAAAGUCAUGAUAAAUAGUAGAUUAAUAGUCGUAGAUGAUAGAUAGCACAUAGUCAUAGUAUUGUCAGUAUUACUAUUUUAUUAAUAUAAUACAAUGUUUAUUAAAAGUUACAAAAGUUUAAUACUAUAAUGUUUAAUACUAUAAUGUUUAUUAAAAGUUACAAAAGUUUAUAUGAUUUAGACAAUAAAAUAUAUGUACAAUUAUGUGAUAAUAUUAUCAGCUAAAUAAAAUGAUCAAAAA